GCGACCUAUUAUUCUCAAUGGACACGAAAGACCUAUAACUAGGAUAUUAUACAACUUUGAUGGAGAUCUUAUCUUUACUGCCGCCAAAAAUCAAAGUGUAUGUGUCUGGUACAGUGUAAAUGGAGAAAGAUUAGGCACAUACGAUCAGCAUGAUGGUGCUGUUUGGUGUCUUGAUAUAGACUGGACAUCCACCAUGUUAUUAACUGCUUCUGCUGACUGGUCGUGUAAGAUCUGGGAUGUAGAAACAGGACAAUGCACGAACACUUACGUCACUGGAAACCCAGUUCGCACAUGUGGUAUCUCAUAUUGUGCAAAUUUGAUUUUUCUCACUACGGAUGACACUGGAGGUAAAGAAUGUGAAAUAAUUGCUCUGGAUAAGCGGGAUUCGAGUCAUAUGUCGAAAAAGUCCUGUAUAUUCAAGACCAAAUCUUUAGAUGGUACUAAAGUGACUGGAGCUGUAUGGGGUCCAGUUAAUCGAAAUAUUAUUUGCGGACAUGAAUCUGGAGCCAUCACAGUGAUAGAUUUAAGUUCUGGAGAACUUGCCGAGCGUAUCACCCCUCAUAAAGGAUCUAUUUCGGACAUGCAAAUGCACCACACUCUUCCGAUGUUCAUAACUGGAUCGAAAGAUCAUACUGCUAAGCUUUUCAGUGCUUAUAAUUUAAGCUGUAUCCGAACUUAUACUACUGAACGUCCAAUCAAUUCCGCUGCUAUUUCACCAGAUAAAGAUCAUGUCUUAUUAGGAGGUGGUCAAGAAGCUCAUGAAGUAACAACAACUGCGGUUGGUCAAGGAAAAUUCGAUGUCAGAUUUUAUCAUCUGGUUUAUGAAGAAGAAUUUGGUCGUGUUAAAGGACAUUUUGGUCCUGUUAACAGUGUAGCAUUCUCACCAGAUGGCAGUGGAUUUGCAACUGGUGGAGAAGAAGGCUAUGUUCGAUUGCAUACAUUCGAUAGUGAUUAUAAUGAUUUAGAUCAACGUCUAUUUGGAUGAAAAUAAAAAUUUCAUAUUGUUUUCUUUUGGUGAUUUGUAUCUAUCAUAAUUCUCUAUGAUAAAAGAAAAUAAUCAUGAUAAUAAUAAUAAAUGAGACCGUACUUUUUAUUGA